CGCGCCUCACUCGCGCGAUCUGUGGAUGAUAAUAAAGAGCAAACAAAAUUGUUUAUAAGGCAGUUUGAUAGUGAAAUACAGGCGACAAACAAUUUAAUAAACGAAUAUGUUGCUCAGUCCAAAAUCAUCUACCCAACAAGAAAGAGAGUAACAGGAAAGCAGGUGGACCUUGGUCCUAUCUAUGCAGAAGCAAGACUGGAUAGAGGUGUUCAAAUCGAGAGCUACAGAAUACUGGAGACUGCAGUUUCGAUGGCUGGAAAA